UGUGAGCGGUUUGUUGUUCACGCUGUUCGGACCGUUGGAGCUUCUCUUUCAGCGGCGGGAAGAUUCAGUCGGACAUUAAGCUACCGUUACUAUCCGCCAUUAAGCUGCCGUUACUGUCCGCCAUUUUACCUCCGCUGCCUACGAGCUGCUGCUGUCAUGGCGACCGGAGGCGGCGCGGCUGCUGCUCAUGUGGGUGAUGUUGAAGAAGAUGCUUCUCAGCUGCUGUUCCCUAAAGAGUUCGAGAGCUCGGAGACGCUGCUGAACUCGGAGGUCCACAUGUUGCUGGAACAUCGUAAGCAGCAGAACGAGAGCGCCGAGGACGAGCAGGAACUGUCCGAAGUCUUCAUGAAGACGCUCAACUACACGGCUCGCUUCAGCCGCUUCAAGAACAGAGAGACCAUCACGGCCGUGCGCAGUCUCCUCCUGCAGAAGAAGCUCCAUAAGUUCGAGCUGUCCAGUUUGGCCAAUCUGUGUCCUGAAGCAGCUGAAGAGGCCAAAGCUCUGAUCCCCAGUCUGGAGGGACGCUUCGAGGACGAGGAGCUGCAGCAGAUCCUGGACGACAUCCAGACCAAGAGAAGCUUCCAGUACUGAGGACCAGGACCAGGACCCGGACCCGGACCUGGACCCGGCAGGUCCAGCAGGACAGAACUGACCCUGAUCAUGUGAUGUGAUGCCAUCACUCACCUGUAGAGCAGCUGAGCGUUUCUUCUUCUUCUGUCACAAUAAACUCUGAUUUGUUUUUUUUACAUGGUUUCUGUCCAAUCACAGCCGAGCUGCAGACCGACCAAUCAGCUGAUCGGUCAGAGAUCAGCUGAUUGGUCGGUGAUCA